UAUUUUCGUUCGCUCGAAAUUAUAUCGGUUCGUUUAAAACAGUUAGGACACGAUUUUAUGUACUGUUUCAACCGCUGGGUCGAGGGCGAAGAAUUGGUUUUCCAAGCAAUGUUUACAUAGUGAAAUGAUGGGACCGCAAGUAUGAACUUCCGUUAAAGACAACUGAUAGAAAUGGGGAGUGUGCAACCUGAGGCCUCUAGUGGCCAUAUUUACCUGCAGAAAGAUGUGUCAGGCGAAUUUAUGCGUUUGGUGCAGGCCACAACGCACACAAGUCCUGACUUGUUCCUCGAGCAUUUGCUAGAACUGUUCAUGAAGUCAGAAGCAGAUACCAAAGUUGUAAAAGUAAGGCCAGAUCUCGCUCAGAAGUUCACAUCAGCUCAGUGUAAAACCCCUUUUCGGUCCAAUGAUGAUUUGAUGCGACACCUGCUUAAUCUCCAUGUCAAGCAUCAAAAAUCAGCAACUACGUUGUCCACACCACCUCAAGAGAGACGCACUAGUGGUAGAAAAAGUAGAAAGUCCCAACCAAAGAAAAACUACCAGCACACAGCUCUUCUCGACUCUGAUGAGGAGUCAGUGGAACACUCACCAAAUAAUGUUUCCUCCAAUUCUUGGAAAGGAAUGUCUGUGAGUGGUAUGGAUGAUACUAUAGACAUUUCUACCCAAGACAAAAGUGAUUCAAGUGCAACAUUUGACCUUUCGAGAGUUAAACAGGAGGCUGACGACCAUAUCGCAGCUGUUAAGCAGAAUGAAAAAGACUCACAUGCCAUCAGGGAACCUCUGGGCUUGCACAAACCUCUGUCCACACACAAUGGGACCAGCAAGCUGGGUUUUCAGAGCCCUGGGCACGAGCUCGUUGACAAGACGUUGCGCCAGUUUACCACGCCUGACUGGAGGCACCACUCAGAGCCCGUAGACCAUGACCUCUCUAGGCGCCCCAAGCAUGAGCCCUCGUCCUUACAGUCCAGUCCGCAGGAGUAUAUCAAGGAGGAGAAGGAGGCCAUGAAAAAUGGCUACAACUAUGUACUAACCCUGACUGAUAGCAGUCAGGGCAAGAAUGCGAUGCAAGUGCCUCUCAAGUACCCGAAAUCCACAGUUCACCAUGUGUCUUCCGAUGAAGAUGAGCCUGAAGACCUCUCCAGGAUUCAAAGUACAGUGAAGCAUAAGCCAGAAAACCUGUCUGUGUCCAGGAAUGGUUUACCUAACAAAGGCAGUAAUGAUGUUAAAUAUGACAGAAACGCAAAUGCUGUUCCCCUGUCUCAGCUGCAGAACAACCAGUUUGUUGCUCAAACCCAGAUCCCAAUACCUCAUAAUCUUUUGUUCCAUGACCCACGCAGUGUCACCCAUGUAGGGCCCCCACCAAUGCUGCAGAUGAAACCCAUGCCAUCGACAGUGGAGCAGAACGCCCCACACUUCGGUCAAGGGAUUCAGACCUCGGUUACACAGAGUGUCAUUAUGCAUGGUCACACAUUGUUAAUGGCCCAGCAUAAUGUCCCACAAUCUCCAACUGGCGCCCCCUUGUUGUUGAGAUCUGGGUUAAUGUCUCCUAACAGCAGUACCCAGAUCUUGGUACCAAUCGCCCCAUUGAUAUCGCCCAGCAGUGGUGGUGGCCAUCCUCAACCAAAUACCCCAAACCUGAGCAGCUCUGAAGACACUCAAACCCAGGACAGCCCCGAAACUGCGCGGAAAAAGAGGAAGAAAAUGGAGGACACAACAGUUUUUAGAGACCCUCCUGAGCAGUCCCUGCCUUUCAACGGGCCAAACAAGUACCGCUUUUACUGCGACGUUUGUGACACGGGUUUCACAAGGCGCUACACCUUCAAUCGGCACAAGUGCAAGGGCCGUGUUGAGAAGCACUACUGUCAACUGUGUGACAAAGCCUACCUUUCCAAGUACAAGCUGAAGGACCACAUCCUGGUGAAGCACGAGGGCCAGACUGUCAGCUGCCCGGAGUGUGGUAAGCGCUUUUCAUCUCGAUCCUCCAUGGAAAUGCACAAAAAGCAACAACACGAAGGCCAGUACAGCAUCUUCUGCAAAAUUUGUGGCAAGGGGUUUAACCAUACAGGGCAUUACUAUGGCCACAUGAAUAAGCACACCAAUACCAAGCCUUUCUGGUGCCAGCAGUGUGGCAAGCGGUUCUAUGGCUCGUCUUACCUGCACAAUCACAAGCAGGUCUGCAGAGGUAACAAUGACAUGAACUUUGCCUGUAGUGUAUGCGACCGAAAAUUCAAAUGCGAGCUUUACCUGAAGAAGCACAUGAAGAUACAUGACAACACUCCGAUCAUUUCCAAUCCAGAUGUUGUAAAGGCCUCUGAUGAAGACUUGGCAAAUGCCGGUGUAAACCUGGCAGAAAUGGACGAUUCACAGUCCCUAGACAGCAUCAAUGGAGAGAAGUUUGGUUUUGGACAGCCUAUAUUCCCUAAUGGACCAGACCAGUCGGAUUCCAAUUCCAGCUUCAUGGACGAUGCUGAGCCUUUGGUUAAGGAAGGAAAUAACAACAAUGAAAGUCAACAGGUUGUGGCUACCUAGUAUGCUGUCGUUCAAUGAUUGCAGUAAAACAAUUUACAAGCACUGCUGAUGGUUAUGAAUUUACUUUCAAACAUGUCAUGUCUUUUUAGUCCCUUAAAAACUUGUUGCCAGGUUGUACUUUGUGAUUCCAGAGCAAGAAGUGUGGUUUUAAAUUCUUCUGUUUUGUUUCAUCAGUGUGUUGCACAAUCAUUCUAAAUGCUUCAGUAUGGAUUGGAAUCACAUGUCUGUAUGAGCACUGAUACAGUUAUUUCAGCGUCUUGGAACACAGCAUGUUUUUUUUCUACAAUUCUGUUAUCCCUAAUCCUUUUAUACGGGCAUUACAUAAUUUACUACCUUUUCACUUUAAUUUGUGUUUUUUUCCUGUCAUUUUAUUUUCUUUUAAUUGUUCAUUUUAUACUUUUUUGUCCUAUAGUAAUCAAUUGAGACUUUUUUGUUUCAUAUAUCUUUUUUAAUAAAAAAUUGUUGAUGAAUAAGUCUGUUUAUUUCUUUGUUAGGAAGAUGCAUUAUUAAAAGAAUUGCAAAUAUUCUAUAUAAACAAUUGUCAAUAAAAGUGUGUAAAAUAAAUCCAUUUGAAUCAUCCUGCAAUUUUUAACUUUUGCAUAUAUAUUUGGUGAGGUGUUUAAAAACAUUCAUGAUUGAGGCAUUGAUCUAAUUUAUAAAUAAUUGAAUUUUAAUAGGCAUCUAGAAAAAGCAUUUGAAGAGUUCAUAUGUUAGUAAGAAGUGGCAUUUUGCAUACUUUAAUUAUGUUUUAUGGUUCUGUUAAAAUAAUUCCUAGUGUUUUAUACUGGUAUGUAAGUUCACUUGUAAAUGUAUACAAGUUUACAGGCUAAUCUUGGACUACACUUCAUGCACAUGCAUUAGGUCCCAUUUUCCUCAAGCCUGGCUCAUUUGUUUAUAUACUAGUAAAUAUGCCAAAUGAAAAAUUGUUUCUUAUUUAAUAUGAUGUUUCAACAUUUUAUUGUUUAGGUCGCCCUAGAAGGAUUCUGUGAACCCUAUCAAAACUUUGUCUGAGUACUCUUUUCAUAACAUAAGAGAGGUUGCUCAAAAAGUGUUUUAUUUAAGCAUGGAAAUUUAACUGUGAACAUUGACCCAAGACUUACCAGCUAUGUGAUAUCUUAAAUACUGUUCUUAACAAAGUUAUAAGCAAAAAUUUUCUUUCUUCAAUGAUAGCAUUUUACAAGGCAUUAUUUCUGUUUUACAUGGAUCCUGUUUGUUUUUCUUAACAUUGUUGACUGUAAUUGAAGUUUGAUAAGUUUGAUAAGAAAAUAUUCUUAUUUAUUUAAGUUUAUUUUGUUAACUGGUUAGAUAGUUUUUAUAAUGGUGUUAUGUCUUUAAACUUACUGUUAUAACAUACAAGUUUUGAUUUUUAAUACAUUCCAUGUUAAAUGUUUGAUUAAUAUACACUUUGAUGUUUUUUUAAUAUGUUAUUGUAAUCAAAACAUUCCAAGAAGGUUGUAUGUUGUCUUUGAAAAAAUUAACAUAUUUGAUAUUGAUUUAUAAGCCCAUUGUUUUAAAGAUUGUAUAUGUUUUGUAUCUAGUUUUUAUUCUACAUUCCAAAUCAAAAUUCAUGGUAUCAAAAGCACCAACUGUUUCCUUCUGCUCUGCAUAAUAUAAGUUGAAAUGUAAUGUAAAACCCCAAAAUCAACAAAUAUUUGUUUACACUAUUUUGAAAAUUAAGUUUACACAUUAACAAUCUAUGUUCCAUAUAGUAAUAGCCAACAUUUGACGCUGGAUGUGGACUGAUAACAUAGAUUUAAAGCAAUGCACAAUGCUUUGUUUGUGUCGCAAUAUAUUCCAUGUCAAUAUCCGGCUAAUAUUUUUGAACAUUUACAAGCAGACGCGAGAUCUGCUUCUGGCAGCUUUGGAAGCACGUUGUAGUUCUCAUUAAUACGUCUUUCUUCCGGCGCUGCCAGAAGCCAGUCCAAGACCUCAUACAUUCUAUAAAUGAUAUCCAUGGAAAUGAUAUCCAUACUAUAAUAUACCGGUACUUAUGAUUAUGAUAGUAUAUAUUACUGACUGUUUUGUUACUUUUAGAGUCCUUUAUGCACUCCCUGUCUUAUUGUACAGGAUUGCUUAAAUUGUACAUUGUUAAUUUCAUGCAAUAUGAAAUAUAUAUAUAUAUAUAUAUAUAGACAAAAUUAUUACAAAUGUCUUCCAACUUUUUGUUUUAGUAUACUUACUAUUUACAACACCGCUUAUCACUUUCACAUCAUUGACUUAACAACGUUCCAUGAAAUGAAUUACAUGUUGUACAAAGUGUCAUGGCAUUCUAUUAUAAAUUCUUUGGUUCUUGAAAAUGAAUAAUUGUGUGAUGAAAUAUAUUACUGUGCCAAAUGUUCAACUAAGUUAUAGUAAAAAUAUAUUAUCAGUGAAUUUCUUGUUCGUUGGUUAGUAAAUGCAUGAUAUUUUAUUUUGAGAAAAAUGACCUUUUUGAAGAAACAAACUUUAUUUUUGUAAAUUUAGACUUGGAAAUAAAUUCAUGUAUGUUUGCUAUGCAAUAUAUGUUAAAACUGGGUCUGCCAAGAAAAAUAGUUUUUCCUUGCCUAUGGGCCAAAGUGUUGUUGUUUUGUGUAUACUGGAUAACCUUGGGAAUUGUUGAAUUACUCCAGAUGAAGGCUAAGUCUUCCAUGGCAUUGGGUGUGGUCUGUUAGUGGCUUUAACACUUGCUGAAAAAAUUACAUGUUGACUUUUUUGUUAUCAGUAUUUUGUUUGAUAAAACUCUAUGGUGGCUUGUGUAUGUGUGUCUAUUAGUCAUUUGCAAGCAAUUCGCUCAAGAAAUUGUUAAGAAAUUGUUACGAAAUGAUGAAAUUUCUUAAAAAGAAAAUAGAUUUAAUGCCCCUUUAUAAGAUUCCUCAUUUAAAAUUUGAGUUUAUUGUGUUUAACUUUUGUUAAAUGGAUUUAAAAUUGACUUAAGUCUUUAAAGAAUACUUGUUUUACACUAGAAGUUCAUGACACUUGUUAAGACAUGUAGGCAUACGAUAAUGUGAAUUAUUUGUAUAGAAUUUCUGUCUGAAUUUCUGUUAAAGAUGACAGGUGAACAUUUGCAUAUCAGAGAAAUGUUGUAUAUAGAUAUUUUACUUACAAUAACUAUGCACCAAAAUGUUGUUUUUUGCUCAUUUUAUGAAUUGUAUGAUGCGCAUGUUUUGUUUCUGUAUUUGAUACUUUUCAAGUAGAUUUGCUUCUAUAUGUACAUGUAUUAGGAUUGAAAAUAAGACAUGUGCUGGGAAGAUGGGUCUUAAGCCAUGUGCGGUCAGUGAAUCUCCUGACCAGCCUGCAUGUUAAUGUCGCGGGAAAGAAUGCUCAGGCUUGUCUGGAGCUAAGCGAGACCCAUAUUGCAUGAGACUCAUUUUAGUACAAGGCGGCAUUUUUCAUAUUGCAUUAUGAUAUCAAUCAUGUAUUGUUCUUUUCUUUCGCCACUGAAACUCUUUGCAUGUUUACUUCUGAAAAUCCAUUGUACAAGAGCAACGUUGCUGACUUGCUGUUGGACAUAUUAUUGGGCAUUUCGUGUGAGAAAUCUUAAUGUUUUCAUGCAUUCUAGUUAUUCUGUAGUAUACAAAAAAUAGUGUGUUUUUAUGUCUGCUGUGCACAUUUUUACUACUAACAGUUCUUUAUAAUCAAGUAUAUAAAUUCAACUAACAUUUUUGUCUUACCAUUUUUGCAUUAAGACAUUUUUUCUUCUAUUUCUUGUAUAUGCAAAGAAAAAAUAACAAUUGUCUUCCAUAGUUGUUAAGAAUAUCUGUUAUAGAUCAUUCUGUGAUCAGUUGACGUUGUAAACUUAUGUUUGGUGAUCUAAUAUAUUUGGGCAUUAUGCUACACAAAACGUAAAUCCAUUUGUUUUUGUUUGUGAUGAAGUCUGCUCUGUUUGUUAUUUGUAUCUUACUUUUAUCAUAUUGUGAUCGCCUUUUGUCCGUCGUGUGUGUUGUGCGUCGUGCGUUGUCAACAUUUACCUUGUUAACACUCUAAAGGUCACAUUUAUUGUCCAAUCUUCAUGACACUUGGUUAGAAUAUGUGUCUCAAUAAUAUCUUAAAAGAGUUAGUAAAUGGUUCCGGUUGGUUGAAAAACAUGGCUGCCAGAGGGCGUGGCAGUUUUCCUAAUAUGGCUAUAGUAAAACCUUGUUAACACUCUAGAAGUCACAGUUUUAGUCCAAUCUUCAUGAAACUUUGUCAGAACAUGUGUCCCAAUAAUAUCUUGGACGAGUUCGAAAAUGGUUCCGGUUGGUUGAAAAACAUGGCCGCCAGGGGGCGUGGCAAUUUUCCUUAUAUGGCUAUAGUAAAACCUUGUUAACACUCUAGAAGUCAAAUUUUUAGUCCAAUCUUCAUAAAACUUUGUCAGAACAUGUGUCCCAAUAAUAUCUUGGACGAGGUGGAAAAUGGUUCCGGUUGGUUGAAAAACAUGGCUGCCAGGGGGCAUGGCAGUUUUCCUUAUAUGGCUAUAGUAAAACCUUGUUAACACUCUAGAAGUCACAUUUAUAGUCCAAUCUUCAUGAAACUUGGCCAAAACAUGUGUCCCAAUAAUAUCUUGGACGAGUUCGAAAAUGGUUCCAGUUGAAUGAAAAACAUGGCCGCCAUGGGGCGGGGCAGUUUUCCUUAUAUGGCUUUACUGUAUGGUAAAACCUUGUAAACACUCUAGAAGUCACAUUUGUGGUCCAAUGCUCAUGAAACUUGGUCAGAAUAUUUUAACUAAUAAUAUCUGGGCUAAGUUCAAAAAUGGUUGAGAUCCGUUAAAAAACAUGGCCGCAAAGGGGCGUGGCAUUUUUCCUUAAAUGUCUAUUUACUACAAAACCUUGUUAACACUCUAGAAGUCACAUUUGUUAUCCGAUCUUUAUGAAACUUGUUCAGAACAUUUGUUCUAAUAGUAGCUCGAGUGAGUUUGAAAAUGGUUAUGGUUCGUUGAAAAACAUGGCCGCCAGGGGGGGGGGUUGUCCUUAUAUUGCUUUAGUGAAAACUUGUUGACACUAUAUUAGCCACAUUUAUUGGCCAAUCUUCAUGAAACUUGGUCAGAACAUUUGUCCCAAUGAAAUUUGCCAGAGAUUGAAGCUGGGUCAUCUGAGCUCAAAAACUAGGUCGCAAGGUCAAAUAUAAAAAAAACAUGUUAAAAGUCACUUUUUUGGUCCAAUAUAAUCUUCAUGAAUCAGCUUGCAUUUUUUUCAGAAUAGUCUAGUUCCUUUGGCUUUCGGGUGAGCGCCUUAGGGCCUGAUGGCCCUCUUGUUUAGCUCACCUGAGCACAACAUGCUCAUGGUGAGCUUUUGUGAUCGCCUUUGUCCGUCGUCUGUCGUCAACAUUUUGCCUUGUGAACACUCUAGAGGCCACAUUUAUUGUCUGAUCUUCAUGAAAUUUGGUCAGAACAUUUGUCCCAUUGAUACCUCGACUGAGUUCGAAACUGGGUCAUGCUGGGUCAAAAACUAGGUCACUAGGUAAAAAAAAAGAAAAACCUUGUGAACACUGUAGAAGUCACAUUUGAUGCCCAAUCUUCAUGCAACUUUGUCAAAAUUUGUCUGAAUGAUAUGUUGGUUGAGUUCAAAAAUGGUUCCGGUCCGUUGAAAAACAUGGCCACCAGGGGGCGGGGCAGUAUUCCUUAUAUGGCUAUAGAGAAACCUUGUGAACACUCUAGAAGUCACAAUUUUUGCCCAAUCAUCUUGAAACUUGAUCAAAACAUUGGUUUCAUUGAUAUCUCGAGUUUGAAAAUGGUCCAGAUUGGUGAAAAAACAUGGCCGCCAAGGGGUGGGGCAGUUUUCCUUAUAUGGCUAUAGUAAAACCUUGUUAACACUCUAGAGGCCACAUUUAUUGUCCAAUCUCCAUGAAAUUUGGUCAGAAGAUUGGUCUGUAUGAUAUCUUGGAUGAGUUCGAAAAUGGUUACAUUUGCUUGAAAAACAUGGUUGCCAAGGGGCAGGGCAUUUUUCCUUAUAUGGCUAUACACUGUAUAUGGCUAUAGUAAAAUCUUGUUAACACUCUAGAGGCCACAUUUAUUGUCUAAUCUUCAUGAAACUUGGUCAGAAGAUUCAUCCCAAUAAUAUCUUGGACGAGUUAAAAAAUGAUGCCGGUUGGUUGAAAAACAUGGCCGCCAGGGGGCAGGGCAUUUGUCCUUAUAUGGCUAUAGUAAAACCUUGUUAACACUCUAGAGGCCACAAUUAUUUUCCGAUCUUCAUGAAACUUGGUCAGAAGAUUUGUCCUAAUGAUAUCUUGGAUGAGUUCGAAAAUGGUUUCAGUUGCUUAAAAAAUAUGGCCACCAGGGGGCGGGGCAUUUUUCCUUAUAUGGCUAUAUAUCAUGCUUAAGUAAAACCUUGCUAACACUCUAGAGGCCAUAUUUAUUGUCUGAUCAUCAUGAAACUUGGUCAGAUGAUUUGUCCCAAUGAUAUCUUGGAUGAGUUCGAAAAUGGUUUCGGUUAAUGGAAAAACAUGGCCGCCAAGGGGGCCUGGCAUUUUUCCUUAUAUAGCUAUAGUUAAACCUUGUUAAUACUCUAGAAGCCAUAUUUAUUGUACGAUCAUCAUGAAACUUUGUCAAAAGUUUUGUCCCUAUGAUAUGUUGGACAGGUUCGAAAAUGGUUCCAGUUGCUUGAAAAACAUGGCCACCAGUGGGCGGGGCAUUUUUCCUUAUAUGGACUUAUGAAUCUUCAUGAAACUUUGUCAGUAUAUUUGUUUAAAUGAUAUCUUGGAUGUGUAUGAAAAUGGUUCUGGUCUGUUGAAAAACGUGGCUGCCAGGGUGUUCAUUAGUCAUGAAAGUUGGUAAGAACAUUUUGUUCUAAUGACAUCUUGGGCUGCACAGAACAGGAUGACAUCUUGGGCUGCACAGAACAGGUCAGUUCCUUUGAAUCUCAGGUGAGCGACUUUGGGCCUUUCAGGCCCUCUUGUUUAUAUCACUUUCAUGUAUUGCCUUUGUAAUGAUGUUUGUUUCCCUUUUUUUGUCUUCUUUUUUGUAGUUCUUCACUCUUAAUUAAGGUUUUUAUAAUUAAUAUAAUACGUAUUUAAUUCUUUAUCUGAAAUAAAGAGACCAGCAUGCUGUCUUGGAGAUCUUUAAUUGUGAGCGUAAAAUCUUGAAACUAUAUCUUCUUUUUUUUCCAAAGAAUUUCAUUAUGACAAUCCAAAUUUUAUCAAUUACCAAGGUUACUAUAAUUAUGUGAAUUUAUAUGUUAUGCUUAUUCAUGUUCAUUGUAUAAUAUUUGAUUUACAAACACAUACUUUUUAGUAGAUAUUAGUUUGUAGAGUAGAAUGAUGCAUUAUUUCAAGUUAAAUUUUUCAUAUUUGUAUUGGUUUUGUUAACACAUUUAUGCGAUUUAAAUGGUUCAGAAAAAGGAAUAGUUACGUGUUAAAUGUGCAGUUAGAGAUGGUUUAACUGUAUGUGUAUUCAUUACUUAUUAUGCCCCCCUUCGAAGAAGAGGGGAUAUAUUGCUUUGCUCAUGUCGGUCUGUCGGUCCGUCCACCAGGUGGUUGUCAGACGAUAACUCAAGAACCCUUGGGCCAAGGAUCAUGAAACUUCAUAGGUACAUUGAUCAUGACUCGCAGAUGACCCCUAUUGAUUUUGAGGUCACUAGGUCAAAGGUCAAGGUCACGGUGACCAGAAAUAGUAAAAUGGUUUCCUGAUGAUAACUCAAGAAUGCAUACGCCUAGGAUCAUGAAACUUCAUGGGUAGAUUGAUCAUGACUCGCAAAUGACCCCUGUUGAUUUUGAGGUCACUAGGUAAAAGGUCAAGGUCACGGUGACCCGAAAUAGUAAAAUGGUUUUCGGAUGAUAACUCAAGAACGCAUACGCCUAGGAUCAUGAAACUUCAUAGAUAGAUUGAUCAUGACUUGCAGAUGACCCCUAUUGAUUUUGAGGUCACAAGGUCGAAGGUCAAGGUCACGGUGACCCGAAAUAGUAAAAUGAUUUUCGGAUGAUAACUCAAGAACGCUUUUGCCUAGGAUCAUGACACUUCAUAGGUACAUUGAUCGUGACUCGCAGAUGACCCCUAUUGAUUUUCAGGUCACUAGGUCAAAGGUCAAGGUCACAGUGACAAAAAUCGUAUUCACACAAUGGCUGCCACUACAACGGACAGCCCAUAUGGGGGGCAUGCAUGUUUUACAAACAGCCCUUGUUUACUUUGUAAUGUUUCCAGAUUAUAGUAGUAUUACACAUAAUUCUUAUAGACCUAUACUUUAUACAAAAGGCUAAUUGAUACAAAAACAUUUGUUUUGAUUGACUGUAAAUGAACAGAUUAUUGUAGCCAUGUCUUGCGAAAAAUAAGUCUUGUAUCAUUUGCAUUGAGUGUAGCUCCAAAUCAGCCUGGUUAGGAGCUACCCUUUGUGCUAUUAAGUCAUGAUAGGUUUUGUGGUCUCAUCAGCUGUCGGGCAUCUCCUGGAUGAUUGUUCUGAAGCUGCGCUGGCUGCUUUUUGUAUAAGAUCCACUGUCACAUGACAUGGCUUAUAGUAAAUCAAAUAAUCCUAUACAGGCAUCCUUAUCUCGGUUAUCUUUAUUUUGUUGUUUCCUUUAUUUCCACUUUUACCAGUUUAAGCAAGAUUUGAGCUUUUAAUCUUCGGAUAAUUUCUUUUAGAAGUAUUUUUUUUAAUACAAAAAAGUGAUUUGUACUAUCCUUUAUACAGUACACAUUUAUAUAUUUGUUAGAGCUUUCAACUUUAUAAAGUGAUGUUGGCAUUAAUUAACAUUGCAUUUGGUAUUAAUCAAGAGCAAGUAUGGAAAAAGACAUACACACAUACAAGCAGAAUAACAUAUUUUUUUAGAGAAUUUAGAGAGAUUUAUGAAUGUUGUGUUUACAUGAAUAUAUAAUAAAUAGAACCAUUGUUUUUUAAUGUUAUAAUUGUGAUAUAUUUUAGUACUAACAUGUGUUUGUGUGUUAACAAUGAAUACUUCUUAGAAUGUUUGGCACUAUUUUAAGAUUCUUAUAGUUGGUAUUUGACUAUUACUUGCGGAAGUGUGAAUGGUUGAAUAAACUUGUAUCACUGA